AUGUUUUCUAGGCACACUUUCUCAAAAUCUGGCUACCAGAUGCUCCAAGUAAUGAAGUUUAGUGUUGAGGAGAUCAAUAACUCCACCACCCUGCUGCCAAAUGUUUCUCUGGGCUAUGACAUUUUUGACCAUUGUUCUGACAGUAAGAACUUUCCUUCAGUUUUUAGUUUUAUCUCACAGAAUGGAUCAAUUAAACCUAAAGAAAAACUCAACACCCAUCAACCCAAAGUGAUAGCUUUAACAGGACCAUAUGGAAGCACUAGAACUAUUACUAUUGCACCACUGGCCACAACGGACCUAAUACCAAUGGUAAAUUAUGGAGCUACCAGCUAUACGUUAAGUGAUAAGCUUCAGUAUCCUUCUUUUAUAAGAACAAUUCCUAGCAACAAAGACCUGAUACAGAUGAUUCUUCAUAUCAUAAAGUGGUUUGGAUGGAACUGGGUUGCUUUUCUUGGAGGUCCAGACAAUUACAGCGAAGAUGGCCUCCAACUGUUUAACAAGUAUAUCAGAAAUACUGGCAUUUGUUUGGGCUAUCAAGAGUCUCUCAGCCAAAAUGCAAACUACAGUCUAACUCUGAGAAGGAUUGACAAGCUCAACAUCAAUGUCAUUGUGGUUUUCGCUGGGCCACAAUAUGCAAAAAACAUAAUCAAAGCAGCUAUAGCAAACAACAUCCAAGACAAAGUUUGGAUUGCAAGUGAAACCUUGUCAACGAAUCAACAGAUUCUAAGAGAGCCAGGAAUCAAAACAAUUGGUACAGUAAUUGGCAUCAGGGAGAGAUUAUUAUCCGUGCCUGGAUUUAAUGAAUUCACCCGUAAAGCCAAAGAAACAACUAAGAUUUAUAUGAAUGAUAAUGUUGAGAGUGAAAUCCAGACUACGACAUGUAAUCAGGAUUGUGAAAAUUGCUCAUUGUUGACUGCAGAGGAAAUGAUUCAUGAAGAUUCCACAUUGUCCUUUGCCAUCUACACUGCAAUAUAUACCAUAGCUCAUGCAUUACAUAAAGUUCUGCAGUGCAACAUGAAUGAAUGCCACAAAAAUACAACAGUCAAGCCAUACGAGCUUCUGGUAGAAAUUAAGAAGUUGGAUUUUCUCCUACAUGGCCGCCAGGUGAAAUAUGAUGCUAAUGGUGAUCCUGCUGUCAGUUAUGCAGUGGUGCUGUGGCACACUGAAACAAAUCCUCCAUGGAUAGAGAUGGUGGGCACCUAUGACACAUAUCCAGAAAUUACUUUUACAAUCAACAACUCUCUCUUGCCCUGGCGUAACAAUGUUUCUGUUCCUUUCUCAAACUGCUCUGUUGACUGUAAGGAGGGAUUUUCAAAGGCACCAGUGGGAUAUCAUGAUUGCUGCUUUCUGUGUAAAGAAUGUCCACAAAACACCUAUGUGAAUUAUUCUCGUUUUGUUAUUUGA